AUGAUUCUGUUGGAUAGUACUCACUUCAACAAUAUUCGCAGUGCCAUCCGCUCUCGUCCCGUGGCUUGGGACGCCUUGGCGAGGUCUGCCGAGAUAAGCGAAUUGGACGCUUCUAAUGCAAAGACUUUGGAGAGUAUCCUUAUAAAAUGUGCCAAUGAUCAAUCAAGCUCCAUGGAUAUAAAUUUGAGGAUUAAUGAGAAUACGAUGUCGCCUUUGAUACAUCUUUUAUCGACGUCAAACAAUGCCGAUUCAAAGAAAUCCGUACAGAACCUGUUGGCAGAGUUGCUUUCUUCACCAAGGUUCUCCCGGGAUACCAUUCGAUAUUUUAUCGAGAAUCCUGGGAAAGUGGAGGAGUUGUUUAACGUCUCUCUGGUUGGAGAUCGUCAAACGGUCAUGAUCUCCUCGUUCAAUUUGGUCAAUCUGCUAAUCCAGCCAGAGUUGCUGAAUAGGGAUUUAGUGGAAAGAAUGCUCGCAAGCGACACUUUCUUGAACAUUUUGAAUAACCUAGAUAUGACAGACACAAGUUAUGUUUGCAUAAGGUUACUGCAGGAGUUGGCCGCAAUUGAGGCGUACCGCCCUGUCCUUUGGAGAGCCCAAAAGAAUUUCGUCCCAACUUUAUUCAAGGUAGUCAGACAGGCAUUGGGUCCAAACUCGGCCACGAAAGUCGUUGCCACGAACUCAAACAAUUUGAUCAUUCAACUACAAUACUACUCACUAUUGUUAAUAUGGUUGUUGACCUUUGACAGGAAAGUCGCAUACGAUUUGACUCAAAAUUAUCUACAGGAUUUCCUCAACUUUCUAGAGCUGGUUAAAGUUACUAUAAAGGAGAAGAUAUCCAGAAUUUGCAUAUCAAUCAUCCUUCAAUGUACUUCCAAAGAGGUCAAGAACCAUAAAAGUUCGAUCAAGAAUUUGUUGCUGCUUGGUAACGCAUUGCCCGCUUUACAAUGGCUCAGCGAAAGAAAGUACUCGGAUGAAGAACUUCGCCAGGAUAUGGCGACUUUGAAAGAGAUUUUAGAGAAAGAAUAUCAAGAAUUGACGUCGUUUGACGAAUACUUGGCCGAAAUUGACUCCAAAUUGCUGUGUUGGUCACCAUCCCAUGUUGACAACGGCUUCUGGUCGGACAACAUUGAUAAGUUCAAGCUGGACAAUUGGAAGCUUUUCAAACAAUUGGUUAACCUGUUGAUCGAGACCAAGGAGUCUGGAUUGAAUGAUAAACAGCACAGGAUUAUCUUGGAGGUUGCGUUGAGCGACAUCGCUCACGUGGUCGAGCUCUUACCUGAAAGCGUUGAUGUCCUCAGCGAAAUGAAUGGUAAGCUUGUAAUAAUGGAGCUGCUCAACCAUUCCGACUCCAGAGUCAAAUACGAAGCAUUGAAGGCUACUCAAUCGAUUAUUGGUUACACUUUCAAGUGA